GCUGAUAGUAGGCAGCUUACAAAACUUGAUAAUUAAAUAGGUUGUAAAUUCGUUUGCAAGAUGUACCGUUUUUGUUGGGUUGCUGGUGUUGCUGCAGUCUUUGUUGCAGCCCUAGCAAUACAGGGCUCCGCCUCCCUCAGAAAACUCAUUGAAGACGACACAGAACUUUUCCUUAACUUUCUGAACAACGAUGUUCUACCAGAAAGAUAUCGCAGUGCAGAAUAUUUCAAGAAAAUUGGUAAGACAUUAAAAGUGCAGGCGUUCAGCUUUAAGAACUGUGGCGGAAGUGUUGCUGGACUGACCAAACUCCAAGUGGUCCCCGACCCUCUCGCAUUACCGGGAAAUUUCAACGUGUCUGGCAUCGGCUACAUCAAAGAGGGCUUAAAGUCACCUUUACAGGCAUCCCUACUAAUUCAUAAGAAGGCAGCGGGUGUUUGGGUCAAAAUACCAUGUCUCGGAGACUUCGGGUCAUGUGACUAUGACGACUUGUGUGAAAUACUCGACAUGGCAUCGGAGUGUCCGGAUGCAAUUCAGAAAUCAGGGCUUGGCUGCCAAUGCCCAUUCAAACAGGGAAAUUACAGCAUUCCAAAUAUAAACAUGUAUGGAUCUUUUGGAUUUCCCAAAGGAGACUAUAACCUUACCGGCACUCUCCACUACCAGGGAAAAUAUGUGGCCUGUCUGGAAGUCAUUCUUACAAUAGCAGCAUAACAGUCAAAGCGAUUAGCGAAAAUUGAAUUGAUAACACAGUGUUAAUAGCAUUAUUUAUCUGGCAAGCAGGAACUCUCAACAGCCAAGAAGCAAAAUGUUCAAUAGAU